GUGUAUUUUUGUAUUCAGCUUUUUAAUUUAAAUGGUUACGGGUGGGGCUCUCCAAGUUCACAAGGGUUUUGCACAGACACACAUCAGCUAUUUUGAAGCCACAACCAUCAAUGUUUAACAUUUAUAGUGACUCCUAUCAGCUGUUAUCAUGCCGGUUGACAGGUUCACUGUGUUUACUGCUGAGAGAUUUAGCCAAAACAGCUUGGUAUUAGUAGUAGUAGUAUUGGUAAUUAUUAUACUGUACUAUUGGACCAUUGAUUGACAGUUUCAGUGAGAAAGAUUUCUGUUUCUUCCUCCUGCCUAUGUUUGAUGAUGUCACAAUGGGGGUCCAUGAUGACAUCAUCAUAGCAGAUAGCUUGGGUUACAGUUGAAUGUUUGUGCAUGACCUUUCUAGAUUUCUACCUCGAUCUGUACUGACACUUUUACUAGCAGAAUGCUAUCCUGAAUCUAACAGAGAACAUGAGCGGAUUUCCAGAUAAGAAGCGGAUGGAUAAGAAAAAGAAAGAACGGACACCGGUGGUAAAAAGCGGGCCACAGAUACUGGCUGAACAGAGAUGGGCCCGGAAGAUGCAGGCAGCAAAGAAGGAUGCUGAAACAAGGUUUAUAAUUAAAAGGUGGGUAGACCUGAAAAAAACCUUACAGAAGCCUCCUGAAAAGAGGCUGGCAGAGCUAAGGGAGGCAGAGAAAAGGCUGGCAGAAGACAGUCUGGACAUGCAGAGGCAGGAGAGGUGGAGAGAGUGGAGGCAGAAGGAGCGAGAGCUGUGGGAGGCAGAGCAGAGACAGAAAGAGCAGGAGCUCAACUCCUCCAAGAAGAAACUUGAAGAUCUGCAGGAGACCAAGACACCUCACACACAGGUGCUUAAGUCUCCUACCAUCUUGGAGGAGUUGAAGAUGUUGGAUGAACUGCUUGAGGAGACAGCAGAUAUCAAACUUGCAUCAAGGUCCCCCAUCCAUCAGCCAGUCUCCCCAACCCCCACACCCCUGCCACUGGGUAAAGAUGGAGCAUACUUGGGCCUCACCACCACCAAACCCCUGGAAGCUCAGGCCAGGCACCCCCACGGGGUCAAGCAUCCCACCUGCACACCUCUUCCCGAGGACACCCAAAUCUACACCCACCACUUGGCCAACCAGGAGGAAGGAUUAGAGAGUGGAUUGGCGAAGAUGAAAGUACUGGAGGCAUCUGUUGAGGAGAGUUCCAACAGUGACAUACUGACAAAAAUUGAGAAUGAGAUAAAGGCUGAGGAGGGGAAAGCAGCAAAGAAAGAGAGGGAGUUCAUAGAAAAGCAGAAGAAAGCAGAAAAGCUGGCGCAGGAGAAGAUGGAGAAGAAACAGAGGAAGCAGCUGGAGCAGGCAGAAAAAAGAAACAUGGAGAUUCAAACAAAGCUGGAGAAUGAGAGACGCAAAAUGAAAGAUCUAGAAAGGAAAGAGAUGCAAAGGUUAGCAGAAGAGCAAAGCAAGGAAAUGAAGAAGAAAGAAAAGGAAGAGAAAAGGUCAGAAAAAAGAAAACUGGAAAUGGGGUCUUUGCCAAAACGUGGCUUCUUUGAGAAGAUAAAGAGGGCCUUUCAUUUCCACUGAUAAGAGAGACUUUCUAUCUACGGUAACACCAACCCUGACAAGCAUCAGGGACUGCCCUCUUUUCUGUCAUCAUCAUGUAAGCAAGGGUUUUUGUGCUGCUAACCCUUCCAAACAAGAAAGUUAAACAUCUACACCUUUGCUCAGUCCUUUGGAUCACUGGCACACUUACCAACUUUCAACAAUUGUUGAAAGAACAAGACCCCUGAAGAACCUUUGGAGGUUCCUCAAUUUGAAACUGUGGAGGACCCUCUUAUGGUGCUUUGAGGAACCUUCAAGAAAAUGUUCUUAGAAGAACCCCUUCACAUUGAAGAACUUUUUGAAGCUCUGUGAAGAACCUUUAUAGAAGUUGUGUUGUAGUAGUAGUAGUAGUAGUAGUAAUAGUAGUAGUAGUAGUAGUAGUAGUAGUAGUAGUAGUAGUAAUAGUAGUAGUAGUAGUAGUAGUAGUAGUAGUAGUAGUAGUAGUAGUAGUAGUAGUAGUAAUAGUAGUAGUAGUAGUA